GGGUGCAGCGCCCGGGGGUAUCUUUGGAGAGCGCCGGCGGAUGGGCGCGCACGUCUCCGCCGGACUCUGGUCCGCCGUCCUACCUGCGGGGAGGCCUUGAGGCCAGCUAGGCUGGUUAAACAAGCUCAAGUUUCACCCGCGGCCUUGGCCUCUUCCCUCGCCGCCGCGAAGAAGAACCAAAUUGCUUGCUGAUGCUUUGAAAUCAUUUGAUCAGUUGCUAAAAUGUUCAAAAAUGAAUAUCAGGGUGGCCCAUUUGUUGAAAUCUUCAGUGCUCAAGGCAAGAACACUGGGACCAAAUGGAAAAUUUCUGGCAAUCCUUCAGUUAUAGGGAAAGAAUAUGAUAAGGAAGUGAAAGGUUUCGUCUUUGUGCUGGAAGGAAGCGGUCAAACCAACAAGAUGCAGCUUCCAAAAGAAACUAAGCAAACUCUUGGACUGAUCCAGCAAUUUUUGGUACUUCAAAUUUACAUUCCACUGGGACAAGAUUUCUCAGCCGAGUUACUGAUAACUGAUUUAGGAAAUAUUAAAAGAAGAUUGUAUUUAUCAACGAUCCACAAAGAAUUAUCUGUAACCCCUCUGCAUGCAAAAAUCCCUCUCUUUAUGAUCAAGCGCAAAAUUUGGUGCAAUUUGUGCAUUGACCUGGUGGCAUUUACCAGUGAGAUAUUCAAAGGUGCUGUUUUUCAGUCUUUGGAUGGCAUUAUUGUUUCAGCCAACUGUAAACUGCGAAAAAUCUUCACGCUGAAGUCAAACCCCCUGAACCCCGCAGAUGACGAUGCUGAUGGGCCAAGAGAUACGAUUCCUCGAGCCUGUCAGUUAAAUGCGGAUGUGCCGCAAGUCACACAGCUGCUGAACAUGAAGAAGCUGCGCCAAACGGAACAAAAAUGUAGAGGCCGAAUUUUAAAUUCACCAGAAUUAGUAGAUCCUCCAACAACCCGAGCAUCAGCUACUAUACGUAACAGUAAGAGUCAGGAUAUAUCCCACAUUGCAUUUGGAUCAAAAGUCCUUGGGCCACCUCCUCUCUCAGGCCGAAGGGUCACAACAAGGGCAUCUGGGGAGAUAACAAAAUCAAGCAUUAGGACAAAAAGGUCAUGCCAAAUGCCAAGUUUGGAAAAGAGAACAGAACCAGUACGAGAUACUAUAAUGACUGAACAGUCUCCAUCAUCUAUCGAUACAGCUUUAGAUGAAAAAAAUAUACAAAAUAUCUGUAACACAAAUCAAGUUUCCCUGGACAAGGAUGAAUGGAUAUUUCCUGACAAAGAAAACUCUCAAUUGGGGUCCAGCAGUCCUCUGCCGAUAGCCUAUGAAACAUCCCAUGAUGUUUCAUGCUCUGCCCCAGGUGACGACCAGACAUAUGAAAACAAAGAAGCAGCUGAAGUCCCUGAGGAUAUUUUCACCUACUCUUCAAAACCUAGAUCAGCACCUCAUGGAAAGCCCUUGAGUCUUUCUUCAGAAGAUUGCACUUUUUCUUUGGAUUUGAAGGAAGAAAUUAGCAAGGACUGGCGAGGAGCUCAAAUGGAAGAUGAUUUCUAUGGAAAUGAGAGCAAUGGAGAGGAUGAUAGUUACAUGGACCUCGUGCAAGAGACUCAUAAUCUUCCAAAUAACUAUUUCGUAUCGGGAUUACCUCAGCCAGUAAUAUCCAAGGAGAUUCUUCCCAAAAGGGCAUCCAAGAGUCCUGAAAGUAGGACAUACAACUUCUGUACAAAAAAGAUUGAAGAAGUAUCUCCACAAUGUACUGAAGAUGCUCUUGCGAUAAUGGACAAAGCAAAUAACAUUCAAAGAAACUUGUUGCCCACUUCUUGUUUAUCCCCGAUCGGAAACCCAUCUGAACCCUGUAAGGAAAUAUCUAGGGUCUCAAAAGGUUUCUCCAUCAGUGCACUAAGAAGUUCCAUAAGUAGAAAAUCCCUAAAAGAAAUCCAGCAGGAGGACUCAAAUCCAAUAGUCCAAAUUCCUCCUGUUAAUCAAGGAAGUCACUAUCAGAAAGAAAUGAACCCCCUUUCUCAGUCCAACCCAAGGGAUUGGCUACAAGUCUUCAGCCCUCCUAUCAUUCCUCCUAGCCAACAGGUGGCAGAAUAUACCAAAGCUUCAGCAAACAUAAAUGCCCAAGGUAAGAAUGACUUAUCCUGGAUGGAAGAAGAUGAAGUUCUGACUCUCUUAUAUGACCCAUGCCUAAACUGCUACUUUGAUCCUGAGACUGGAAAAUAUUACGAGUUGGCAUAGAUACAUGAAGAGAUACAGAACGCCACAAAGAACACAAACUCUGCGGCACUUGAGAGCCUUGGCAAAUACUGUUCUCCCUGCUCCAAAGAAAAACGGAGCAACACUUGAAAAGACUAUUUCAUAUUUUGUUUCUUUUUUUCCAUUUCUGCUAUUUUUACCAGAGUGCGUAGAAAGCUUUUCUGACUUUCGUACACCUUUAAUUUGUUCCUAUUAUUUGCAAUGUGAAAGAUUCCUACAUGUGAACUGAAUUACACCAAAUCAAAGCUA